AUGAGGAUCUCGUCUCCACCCCCAGAGCUCGACGGCGAGGCACUGGCAAAACAAGUGCCAGAUGACCCUAACAGAGUUGGCUCCGUAUACGCAGACGAGUUCCUCAGCCAUCUGGCGCCUUCGGAUCUCGAUGAACAUCAGAGACGUCAAUUUUUCUGUAUUCUCGAUUUGCGAAGACUGAAGUAUGCUGCCAACGAAAUCUUUGCGAGAAAGGAUUGGAAGAUCAACAUCAUGAACUUUGCAAAGGAGUAUGAAAAGAGCAGAAGUAUCAUCAUGUUGCGAUAUGGUCUUUAUGAAUUCAAGACUGUACCGGUGUCCGGGGAUCUGAUGAAGAAGUGGAAGGCAGAGAACAAUGUUCCUUCAGAAGACCACGAGCCCCUAGAGGCUCCAACUCCAAAGCCAAAUGGCACACAGGGUAUUCUGGCCCGCCCAACCAACAAGAGACGUGCCGAGGACGAUUUGACCAAAGAUUCGGCGUUGACCACUUCAUCGUCCAACCAAAACAAGCGCCGUGCUAUGGAGCCCCUUUCUGAAACCUCUAAGCCCUUCACGAAUGUGGCCACGCCUGCCCCAUCGCAGAAUAAGCGGAGAGCCACGGUGAUGGACGAGGAGGAUGAAAAUCGCCAGAGCAAGCGACCGGGUACCACCACCCCGUCUGCCACCAAGUCUCUCUUCGAAAAGAUUGCCAACAACACGCCUUCCAACACAACCACUCCUGCAAAGACCUCGAAGAGUGUUUUCGAGUCCUCAACUGCCAAGCCGGCCUCCAAUCCCUUCGCCGCAUCUGCUAGCGUAGGCAGCCUCGCCAGAUCUGUACUUGACAAGGGAUCCAAGACGACAGCUGCACCAUCUUUUGGUGGCAUCUUCAGUCACCUGUCUGACGCCGGCUCCGCUAAGGGAAGCGGUAAUGAGGCCGAUGCUGACGAGGAGAGUGAAGAGGAGUCAGAGGCGGAAGAAGAGUCUGAGGAGGUUCAAGAAGUCAGCCAAAGUGAUGAGCCCAGUGUUGCUGCUAGUGGUGGUGUUGCUACACCUUCACAAUUUGGUGCUGGCGCUAGCUUGUUCUCUAAACCGGCACCUGGACUUUCAAGUACAUCUUCAGAAGCCGGUGAAGCGCCAGCGAAGGGCCCCAGUCUCUUCGAUCGUAUCACGAAGGAUUCCAACGGGAACCCCGUACGAGCAGAGCAGCCAGAGGCGCCAAGUCCUUUCGGCGCUAAGAGAGCCGCAAGCCCUUUGAAAGAAUCAUCUGCUCCUCCCUCUGAUAACACUUGGGAUCCCAACACACCAAUCAAGUUCGGUGCGACAGCAAAGACACCAGGAAGCUCGUCCCUCUUUGCCCCCAAGGCCGAUGCCUCGUCUACGCCAUCAUUCGGUUUCGGAGCCCCUGCCUUCAAGCCAGCUGAGACUACUACAAGCACAGAAGCUCAGGACUUUGCCCAAGGCGGAGCCAAGCCCACAGUUUCGCUAUUCAUCCUCAACCCCUUUUGGGGCGCCCUCAACCACAUCAGAUGCUAA